AUGUCCAAGGCCCGUACUCACCUAUUGCUUGGACGAUCAACGAGAAAUCUCUGGCUGUGCUUGGAGCAAGCUUCAGCCCGAGUGUCAUUACAGGAAACGCAACAGCUCCACCGCCUUCCGACGUCAUCCCUAAAGAUGUAA